UUCUAGUUUACACAUAUCUAGUAGUAGGAAAGUAAAGUGUAGUUGAAUGUGCACACAUGCACAAGGCUUUUACAAACAGGCAAGGACACAACUGAGAACAAGGCACACCUGAACUUCAGAACAUGGCCAUAGUUUCCUUUUUUCUGUAUUCUAACAUAUUGAUUUCCAAUAUGAUAUAUGCUUUUUAGUCAUUGUGGAAUGUUGCACCAUUUGCUGUGUUUUGUCAUGCAGGGUAACUCUCCCUUGUGGGUUCAGAAAAACAUCAGUGAGCUAAAAGCCAACACAGCUCUGUUAUCAUACAUAAACUCUACUGAUAGUCGUAAUUAUUUUAGGAAAGAUGUAUGCAUCUUUUUUUUGUGUGUGUGUAUGCAUCUGAUGAAAUUUGGGAGUAUAAUUUGUUGUUGAUAAGGCAAUGCAAAUGUACAGUACUUUUAGGAAUGCAAGCCGUCUCACACUGAAUUGUGGCUAAUGCAGACAACUUCAUGUCCCCCCCCCCCUUUCCCUUCUAGCUAGCUGUGAGGUGGCUAGAACACAAUUGCCGUUACCAAUACAUGGAUGAACUUCUCCAGCAUGUUCGGUUUGGGCUUAUGGACGUGGACACCUUGCAUACAGUAGCCCUCUCUCACCCUCUUGUCCAAGCUAGUGAAACCGCCACAGCACUGAUCAAUGAGGCCUUGGUAUAUCACCAGAGUAUCUAUGCACAGCCAAUAUGGCAGACCAGAAGGACAAAACCUCGCUUCCAGUCAGACACUCUUUACAUCAUUGGCGGGAAGAAACGGGAGAUCUGCAAAGUUAAAGAACUUCGAUACUUCAAUCCUGUAGACCAGGAUAACGUUUAUAUAGCAGGGAUUGCAAACUGGAGUGAGCUGGCUCCCAUGCCAGUAGGAAGAAGCCACCACUGUGUUGCUGUAAUGGGAGAUUUCCUUUUCGUAGCAGGUGGCGAAGUUGAGCAUGCCACCGGCCGCACUUGUGCAGUACGGACUGCUUGUAGAUACAACCCUCGAAAUAAUUCUUGGGCUGAAAUAGGUCCAAUGAAGAACUGCCGGGAACAUUUUGUGUUGGGAGCUGUGGACGAAUACCUCUAUGCAGUCGGAGGUAGAAAUGAGCUACGUCAAGUGCUGCCUACGGUGGAGCGCUACUGCCCUAAGAAGAACAAAUGGACUUUCGUUCAGUCCUUUGACAGAUCCCUUUCCUGUCAUGCGGGAUAUGUUGUGGAUGGUCUCCUUUGGAUAUCAGGUAGAAAAUGUUUCAUUUGAGCCAUUUGUGCGAUGACAAAACACUGUCAGUGGAGAGUGGGUUUUAGGAAACUUGUCUUGGAGAAGACGGGUCUAGCUUUCAUUCACCAAAGGCCAAAGUUUAAGAAACCAAGUUAGGAUGCAAAAAGGGGUGGAAGAGUUAGUAUAGUGAUUAAGAACCACAAGUAGUAAACAUGAAGGAAAGUUCAGCUAAAGGAAGGGGGAUAUAAUCAAGGUGCAGCGUUUUGUUUUGAAAAAGAACAGUUAAAAUUGAAAUUAAAAAAGCUUUAUACUGGGACUUUUGGGUAGGGAGAAAAUGUUUGUGUACUUACAUCCUUGAUGUAAAUAUGAUUACUAUGCACACAUUUUUUUAUACAGCUCAGCAGAAGAAUGAUGGCACUGAGGAAAGCCAUGGUUUAGAAUAAAUUGAAGUAUAAGAAAGUAGGUAACAACAAAAGUGAACUAAACACAUAGUUGUAUUGGGGAAGAAAGAUAGUGAACUUAGAAAUGGGAGUAUUGUUGCCAAAAGUGAGAAUGUUUUAUACAUAUUUCUAAGUAUUGUACAGAAAAGGAAUAUUGAAAUAACACUCAUAUCCAUAAAGUUGGUCGGUUUUAAAUUUAGAGUUGGGGCGAUACUUUUGGUGUGCCUGUCUCUUGGGGGAUUUUUCAGCCCCCCUUAGUUUCUGAAGAUGCUGCUAGGGAAAUGGAGUCUAAGGCUUUUUAUGGAUGUUCUCCCCUCCCUUUGUAUUGCACAGUAAUAACAGGGAUAUGUUAGAAAUGCAUUCUGUAGUUAUGUUCUGCACCUGUUGACUGGUAAUUUUGAGGUUUUAUAGAAUGCUAAAUUUUGCAGUUUCUGAAAAGUGUUUGAUCUGGCUUGCUCACAAAGAGAUGCUUUUCAUGCUUUCAGUUUUCAAGCAAAAUAGCCUUGAAAUGCACCAGAACCAUUAUGGUUUCGUGUUUAAUGAUCUUUUUCUGAAUGAGGAAAUAUAUUGGUUAGGGCUAGACCAUUUUUUCUUCUUUCAGGGUUUAGAAUGAUGUUAUAGUUCAUAUUGCAGCCCCUGAAAGGAAGAAGAAAAUGCUCUAAGUCUAACCGGUAUAUUUUGCAGGACAUUCGAUUUCUCCUCCUCUCACUGCUGUCUUUACACUUUGGCAAACUUUAUAAAGGCCGCAAGCUCCAAUUCUUUACCUCUCUCCUAAUCUGUAAACAAGCUAAGAUUCUGCAUGAGGUUGGGUGGCAGGAAGGGGUGUGUGCAUAUGUGUCAGAGUGUGAGAGAAAAUUCUUUGUAGAUGAAGUUGAUGGGACUAAAUUGGCUUAAAUCCAAGUAUGUCAAGCUAGCUCAUUCUAGGAUAAUUAAAUUGAAGAAUUUCCCAAGUCUCCUGAAGCUUCUGCAGCAUCAGUAGUCACCCUGAACUGCUGAUAUGCAAACAGCACAAGCUCUUUGUUGUUUAACCAGCACUGUGUUAUCCGAAACAAAUUUUGGUGUAUAAUUAUAUGGGAAUUUAUAGUCAGUGUAGCUGAAAGACGUAUGUCAGUGCCAUAUACAGUGGUACCUCGGGUUACAGAUGCUUCAGGUUACAGACACUUCAGGUUACAGACUCCACUAACCCAGAAAUAAUACCUUGGUAAGAACUUUGCUUCAGGAUGAGAACAGAAAUCGCGCGGCGGCGGCGCGGCGGCAGCAGGAGGCCCCAUUAGCUAAAGUGGUACCUCAGGUUAAGAACAGUUUCAAGUUAAGAACGGACCUGCAGAACGAAUUAAGCUCUUAACCCGAGGUACCACUGUAUACACCUGGCUGUGGCAGGAUCUUCUUAACCCCAAAAGAACCCCCAAUACAUUAUUCUCUCUUUCAAGGUCUUUCUAAUCAAAAUGUCGUGUUUUCUUUAGUCUUUGUUAUGUUUAAACAAAACGCCGAAGGUUUACAUUUCAUAAUAAUGGCUUACAGUAUGAGAUACACGAGAUGACAGGGGAAAGCAUUGCUAAAAGUGCAGCUAUUCCAAGGGUCUGUCUGGUCCUGCCGCCCCUUUCACAAGUGGUUAGACAAAUGCUCCAAGGGAGCUAGUUGAGCAUGCCGUGAAAGGGCCCCCUCCUGUCGACCGGCAUGUGGGGAAAUACUUGACGUUCCUUUUCACUACCUUGCUAAUGGACAUGGCGAGAAUGCUAAUUCUGUUCAUCAUAUUAGGUCAAGGUUUCCAUGUUUUAAAAGACAUUUGCCAAUUGGGAGUAUGAGAGCACACAUCCCUCCCCCCCACACUUGCAUUAUGCAUUAAUACAACAGGCACAAUAUAUGAACCCCGUCAGCUUCCUCCUCUGUGUUGCACUUAAGGAAUUCAGUAGGAAGGAUGGGGACAAAGCUGGAAUCAGUGGCUUCCACCUGCCAUUGGCUUUGGCUCCACUUCCUGUUCUCCCCUAGAGGGAUGCGGGUGGCACUGUGGGUAAAACCUCAGUGCCUAUGACUUGCUGAUCGUAUGGUCGGCGGUUCGAAUCCCCGUGGCGGGGUGAGCUCCCGUCGUUCGGUCCCAGCUCCUGCCCACCUAGCAGUUUGAAAGCACCCUUAAGUGCAAGUAGAUAAAUAGGGACUGCUUUAUAGCGGGAAGGUAAACGGCGUUUCUGUGUGCUGCGCUGGUUCGCCAGCUGCAGCUUCGUCAUGCUGGCCACGUGACACGGAAGUGUCUUCGGAUGGCGCCGGCUCAUGGCCUCUAGAGCGAGAUGAGCACGCAACCCUAGAGUCAGACACGACUGGCCCGUACGGGCAGGGGUACCUUUACCUUUUACCUGUUCUCCCCACCUGUCCCAAUGGGUACCAGCCACCACUGCUCAAUGGCUACCACAUCACUCCUGCCUUUCUCCCCACCUGUCCCAAUGGGUACCAGCCACCACUGCUUAUAUGUUUGAAAGCAACAGCAGAUAUUUGCUUAUUACUCAGGAUCCAGACUUCUUCCCUCAAGGAAUGUUUUUGCUUUUCCAUCCAAGAAGACCACAUUUUCCCACCACUCACACUGCAAUGGGGGAAAACGCUUCUUUUGACAACCAAAGCGGGGAUCUUGGGGAUUUCGAAAGUUGUGGCAUCACUGGUGACUAGCAACACAUCUAUCCCCUCUUCCUCAGUCCGUCUCCUUUCCCAUUUCAUGAAAUUGCAUAGGAAAGGCUUUCAUGAAUCGUAUCUUUCAUCUCAAGCUAUUUAAAAAAAAUGUAGUUGAUUAUUACAUUGAUAUUCUAUUGUUCUUAUAAAAAGCUAAAUGUGGUGCACUUCUCUCCCCAUUUUGUCCUUAGAACAGUCCUGCGAGGAAGGCUGGGCAGAGACAGCAACUAGCCCAAGGUUAGUUGCUGAGGGGAGAUUUGAACCCUGGUCUCACAGUCCUAGUUCAAGACUCUAACCCAGGGUUUCCCAAACUUGGAUCCCCAACUGUUUUUGGACUACAACUCCCAUCAUCCCUGACCAAUGGUCCUGCUAGCUAGAUGGGAGUUGUAGUCCAAAAACAGCUGGAGUUUGGGAAACCCUGUUCUAACCAGUGCACCACAUUCAGAAACGGAUUGUCCAUUAUUACAGUCAAUGCAUUUCUGACUGCUGGAUGCAAACACCAGAGCACGGAUAUUCCUACAAGCUUCCACAGUAUAAUUUUGGCAACAGUUGCAGACAGAAUGUGAGCCUAGAUUGAACCUGGCUCUGACCUAGCAAAGCACUUAAUUUACACCCUUAUUUUCUCUUGUAAAAAGCUGCCCUCCCUCUUGUCAUGCCUUCAGUCCAUCAGAUAUCAUGCUAUAUAGUGCUAGUACAGGGGUGGAGAAUCUCUAGCCCAUGGGCUAAUUAUGGUCCACCAGGGGGUCCAAUUUGGGCUACAAGGACUUGUCCCACAAACCACAUCCAGCAGGAGGGCAGGGUUCUAUUUUGCCUUGCUGUGCAAAUAGCUUACAGCAGAACAGGAUUAAGCACCCCAACUACCAACUGAAGAACAGGGGCUAAAUUCUGAUUAGAGGCAGGAGGUUUAUGGAAAUUUUGAAGACAUGGGAAGGGGGAUAUCUGCCCCCCUCCCUUAGUUUUUUCUCAAAGAAAACAAACAUUUUGAAAAAAAUGCGGUACUUUUUGGAGCAAUUUACAUAUAGAAAGUUAUUUUGUUACUUUAGAGACAAAAAUGAUUCCCCACUGCUGAGCUAGUCCAAGUAUAGCACGACAAAUCAUACGUUUUUUAGUGCUAUGGUGCAGUUUGAUGAGCUUUGAAAAAGCAGGUCUGAAAGAUUUUCCACAUGAAAUUAAGCAACUGUCCCUAAUACUUCCACAACAAAUAAAUGAAAAGGCACACACACUGAAAUUCGGCUGAUGGCCAGUUCAAAAAUAGGUAGGGAAAUGACCCAUCAAAGGAACACAAACAACUGAAGCAGGAUACUGUACUAUUUGCAGAGGCUAGGAAUGAAUGCCGGGGAAUGGUAUACUCUGUAAACAACACAUUUCAUGGCAUCAGAGACAGGAUUCUGGUCUGAAUAGAUCACUAAUCCAACACAGCGAAGUUCUUCUCAUGAGGUGCAUUAUUUAUCCCAGUAGUUGUAUAUAAAUUCAGCCAGCAAUCAGCGAGCCAAAAAAAUUACAAUCUCUUACUGAUACAUUUUUCUCCUCCUGCAUUUGAAAUCCUAUGAGCUAUUUACAGGUUGCUUGACUUCUAAAAGACUUUAUUAUAGACUUUAUUUUUAAACGCACCUGGAUAUCAUCUCUACUGAUAUUAUCAUUCUCCUUUUGGAAAGCAGCACAGGGAAGUAAAAGCAAUUGCCUUUUGAUUGUCCCAUUUUAUGAUGGAAAAACAUCACUUUUUCUGGUACCAUUUAAACUUUUAUUUUUCUGCUAUUUUUUUAAAAAGACAUUUUAUACCUAUUCCUCCAUUGCCUAGAGUAUUCUUAAAAUGGUCGUUUGUGGGGGGCAUUAUGGGCUUGUUAAAUUUAAAUUUUGGUAGGUUGCUUUUUAUAUCUAUAUAAAAAAAGAACAACAGCCCUGAAACUUUUUCACUGUAGCACUUCAAAGUUAGGAUAAACUUGGUUUUUUGAAAAUUGAUGCUGAUAAGAAAUGGCAUAGUUAAUGGCAGAUGAAUCUAUAGAAAGCUGUUAAGAUGCAUAUUCCUCCCCUGGGGAGAAGGUGGCGGUUAAGGGGAGAUGGGGGAGAGGAGAGAGAGCAAAACUGCCAAUCUAUAAAAUAUACUUGUUGGCAGAGAAUCUUCCUGCAAAUGCGGUGAUUGCAGGGGGGCAGUGGAACAGCAUGAGGCAGCCUAACCUAAGAGCAGUCAAAUCAGCUUGAUGACUUUCAAAGCCAGGAAUUCUGCUGGAGGCAAGGGUAUUUGAUCUGAGGGGGGAAGGGAGGAUUAAAACAUAUAGAGGCUGUGCUAUUAAUUCCAGGUCUAUUUUUCUGUCGUCAAAUCUGUAUGUAAAUCCAUAGCAUCUCAUUUUGGCAAAUGAAUCUUUUUUUUAAAGGGGGGGUACAGAAAGAAGGCAAAGGGAACGUAAUGGCUUUAAGGUGUAGGUAUGUGUGUGCACGUGAGAAAAAUUAAACAUGCGGAGGGGAAACAUCCCCAGUACCAAGAAAUGAAUGCACGUUUUAUGCUUCCACGCCAAUGUUAAGACCCAGCCGGACAAACGUCUAUGGCAAAAGUAUCCUUUGAAUUUGCAUGAUUCUUGUGAUGUGGACAGGCUUAUAUAGCAGGUAUUUUAGUACAGAUCAUCGGCUGGGUUGAGAGAGGAGCUGGAUUUUAGUUACCCAUCAUUUUGAAAUGAAAAUACCUUGUACCUUUCUGUCAGCCUGCUUGCCCUUCUGCUUCUGUUUCCACAUUCUUUCCUGUCUCUCCGGCCCCAUAACCCAACCCAACCCAUCAUGCAUAAAAAGGCCUCUUCACUCCUGGAAUGAACAGCACGGAUAGUCUUACUGGGAACAGUGACACAGGCAGAAAGAGUCAUGUCCCCACCACCACCACUUCCUGUGUGCUAUGGUCCCACUACUGGUCAUCCCUCUACCUUAAAAAAAGAGAGAAAAGAAAUGUGAUCACAAUUUCUCAUCUAAUCAUUCUGAUCUGAUUGAGCUUUGAGGUUGCAAUGAAGCAGAUUUCUAAAUUUCCUUACAUUUCUGUAAAAAGUACAAAGCUCCUCCUUUCCUCAGUCUCAGUCUGUUUUAUUGCACAUAGCCAAAGGCUGCCGCAAUGUACACAGAAUUAUUUCCCAACUUUUAAUUCACACUCCUCGUCCCUCCCUUUCAGCACACUUUCAUUUCACUCUCUCAUCCUCGUAGCUGUUACUUGAAAUUCCAACUUUGCAACUUAAGUGUAGUUUUUCAAGUAAUGGGAUCCACAGGAAAAUACUAUUUACCUCUUUAGGGAAGCACCAGUGCAGCCUAGUGCAGCUACAGGAGCUGGUGAGGGCGCGAAGGGUAUGCUGCCAAAAUCUUAGCUUCAAAUGGGCCAGUCAUGGCCUUUGUGGGGGGAGAGGGUAGGUCUUCAGCAGCGGACCAGCCGAACGUAGUAUUCACUCUGGUUCACCGCCACUGAAUUUAAGCUGGCUGCACUUUGAGCCAGAGCACAGUUGGCAAUCCAUUCCUCCCUGUAUGUUUAGCUCUGCGUAUGUAGGCACGACCUUGUUGUGGAGUUCAAUCAGUCACCAUAUUCAGGGCCAGGGCGAAAUUUGCCUGUAGACAAAUUGGGCCCCUUUGGGUUUUUGACUUCCUCAUAGCAACUGCCACAACUUUGGUGGAGGGGGGGGAAAAAAGGCAUUGGGUUGGAUCCUCAGUCUAACUUGAAGGAUGAGAGGAACCCUCCCUUUGGCUAUGUCAAAAUCUCAGGAUACCCUGGUAAAGGGGUCUGGGUUGAAGAUUCUGGCCAAAGGUCCAGACGGAAGCAGAUGGGCCAUUAGGACUUCCAUCUGGUGGCCUUGGAGGGGGUCACCCUUAACCUAGGACCGACCCUUGUGAAUAAUAAUUUGGUAGUUGGGCUGAAUGAUUCAGGAUACAUACCCAGUGGCUAUGCCAAAGCCUUCUGUCAUCUGUAGUGGCCAGUUAAAUUCCAAGAUCUUGUCAUGUUCUUUUGUUGUUCCUAAGUUACUACCUCUUCCUAGCUCUCGAGACACAAUGUGCAUGGGCCCGCAAAUGGUGACAUGGAAGUGUACCAAAUAGGCUACACCUGAUUUGUCUCAGUACAUGUUUGUGACAGACAGUGGGGAUGGAGAAAAAGCUGUGCCCUUUCUAAAAUUAAUUUACAUGGGGACAAUGAGAAAUUACCUUAUACCAGCAGACAUUGUGCAAUUUCUUCCUUUAAUGUUCACAGAAGUUCAGUCAGCAGGAUAGGUGGCUACAGAUGACAUUGUUUUUAGCAUAUAUUAUGAUUAGAUGUAUUUUUAUCCUGACACUUCUCCAAGGUUAUGGUACUGUACAGGGUCGCCCCACCCUAAUAUAAUAUACCUUGAAUUUAAUCUUAGGACAGCCCUAUUCUUCCAGAUGUCUUGCAUAUAUUUGUGUCAUCAUGCAACAUAUUACUUCUGUCCUUACUUUUAACUGUGUUUGUUCAGAGGACCUCUCUCAGCAGAAGAAACAGAAUGGUGACCUUCAGGUACCCUUCAGUAUUCAAAGGGUGCGACUUAUUUUGCCUAGUUGUGGUUUGUGGCUCAUGAACCAACAUGGGCAUAUUGUUAACUUGCCACUGGAGAAAUAAGGAUGUUGGAAAGUGAAACUUGACAAAUUCCUUUUUGCAUGUAGCAUGAAAAAAAUUGCAGUAUGCUUCCUAAUGGUAGAUAAUUUGCUUUAAUGCACUCCCAACUGUGUUUAAUGUUCGUGUAACACUGUAAACAUCUGUUACAGGAGGAGUAACAAAUACUGCACAAUAUCAGAACAGGCUAAUGGUGUAUGAUCCUUCACAAGUAAGUUUAUAUAUUACAAGUAUUUAUUUAAACACAAAGAAUGCAAAGUAUGUGAGUAAAUGCACUAUCAAAUGAGUAAGGCAUCUCAUUCCAAACAACAAUAGCUUAGAUGACGAUAUAAAAGCACAGCUCUUGUGCAUUGGCAGAUCCUGGUAAGCCUUAAGAGAGCCCUGUUUUCCCUUGCUCUUUAGUAUGCAAGGAAGCAGCUCACCAGGAAAGUCUGGAAAUAGGUGACCCAUAUGUGUCUUAAUAUCCACCAUUCAGCCGUCUUGGUCCCUGCAAUGUAUGUUACUUGAGCGCUGAAGCUCAUGGUGAAGGAAGAUACAGGAAGUUUAUGCAAAACCUGUAUUCCAGUCUGCCUUUGAAAGAUGGGUAUCCUUGAUCCCUAUGAUCCUGCCAUCAGUUAGUGCGGCAUCCUUAUUGUGAGGCAAAUAUCAUGACCUUGGUAUCUAUUUGUAUAAGUUAAUAGUUGGAAAUGUAAAGACUCCUGCUGAUAUUAGCAUCUUUCCCAGCCCAGUUCAUUGGGAUUUCCCAGCUGAGAAGCCUGAAGUUGAACCUUGGAUUAUUUAAGUGAGCCAAGUCAACCCCUGGGCCUCUUGCACUUAGAACUAUUAAUCAUUUUUUUAAAGUGCCACAAAUAAUGCUAACAGGCUGAAAGCUGGUGAAACUAACGGUUCUCUGUAUGCAUACACACCUAUCACUUCAUUUUCAGAGGCAGGUUCUAGUGGAAUGUCAGAUGCUAGGAACAAGUAACGUAAAUAGUUGUCAGCUUCAUGCUUUCAGAGGUAUCUUGCAGGUUACUGGUGGGCCUUGGAUCUGAUCUAGAAAGGUAGCUCUUAACAUUAUGAAGUAUGCAUAUGUGGUGGCACUUGAGAUACCUAUUAAUAAGUAAACAUACUUAAGAAACAACCCAUCCAAGCAGAAGUUUUAAAAGUCAGUGUAUUAUCUGUCAUAGGGAUCUGCAUUAUAAGCCAGAUCACACUAUUUGUCUAUCUCAACUGCCCCAAACACAUUUUAGGAAGGCUGUAAUUCUUAAAACACACAAAGCCACAGUUCAACUCAGACUUAAGUGUUCUGAUGCCCGUUGAGAUCAGUGGGGUUAUGUACACUUAGCUAUGUUUUGGAAUGUAAUCCAGAGUAUAUUAGAGCAACUUUCUGAGGAACCUUUAGACCAGAUUCUUAAUCAUUCAGUUAAUAUUCUUCUCCUAAUGAAAUAAAAACCAGUUAAAAGAACCUAACAACACAUAACAGGUAAAGGCAGUUCUGUAUCUUGUUCUUCUCCUUGUGUCGUGGUUGGAACAGUGUUCUGAAAUCUUGAACUCCCAUCUGCUACCAGCCUCCCUGUAGUUCAGCAGCUGGGGACACCAGGUUAGGGAAGAAUGGGUGGAAAUGCAGGGCUUCAGAGACCUGGGUUCAAAAGCCCAUUCAGCCACAUGCUCACUGGAUGACCUUGGGCUGGCCACUUUAUCUCAGCCUUGCCUACCUCAAACAUGGCUGACAGGAUAAAAUAGAGUGGAAAGGAAAGAAUGACCUACACUACCUUGAAGCAAGGCUGGAUGCAAAUGUAGUAAAUGUUUGCAGAAAAUAGUAUUUGCUGCAAUUUGCCUUAUAAUAUGACAUUUGUGCACUUCCAUUUCACAUCGUUGGUGUUGGUGGAGAAACACAAAGUGGCGCAAGUUCCACUAAAUCAGAGCUUUCCAAACUGUGUCUCGUGACAUGUUAGUGUGUUGGCUGCAGUGUGUAGUUGUGUUGUGUGAACACUCCCUGCGCUCCUCCCGGGGCUGGAAAGGGCUUAGUUUAACCUCUGGUUUUUGCUAGUAAAACUGAAUUACUGUGUUGCAAAAUGAUGCAUGUCUAAAAAGUGUCACCAACAUGAAAAGUUUGGAAAGCUCUGCACUAAAAGUUGAGAGAUGUGGAGAGCAGACCCAGGAAGCUGCCUUAUUCACCACCAGCAGCCAUCUGUUUUGUAUAAUUUCUACUUCCAGCUUUAGAUAGAUUUUGUGCAUUCUUUAGUCCCAUUUGCUGGCAAAAUAGUGAUUUGUGAUUACAGAAAAGGGGCUGGAUUUUAGCAGUGCAUUGAGCCACCUUAAACCCCUUAGAAGUACCUGCAUUUCUUGCACCAAAACCUAGCACCUGACUUCUCUCUGUAUGAAGCCUAGGAUUUGUUUUGCAUGCAAAUGUUUGUCAACAGCAGUUUCAGCCUCACGAUGAACAAAAUAACAUCCUGCCUAUUUAUUUACAUUUUCUAAUGCUCCCAUUUUUUAUGUGUAUUAUAUUUUGUUGCCUUUGGGGGCUCAGAAGCUGUUUCCUCCCACUUUCUGGCCCUCUGCAUACUUGGGUUCCUUUUAGGCCAGAGCCCCCAAACACAAACAGUUAAUAGGUAGAAAGUGUGUGUUAGCAUUCUUGCAAUGAGGUCGGCUUCGUGUUUUUACACACACGCUCUUUUUAAAAAUUCUGCUGGCAUAUUGUAUACGGUGGGCACUGGAAGAACCUCACAUCUGCUUGCGCCUUGCACAGAAUCUCAAUACCUCUAUAAUUCGGUGCUAGUGCCUGUUUCUGCGCUAGGCCUUUGUGGAGUGCUGAUAAUGCCUACCAUCUGCCACUGAGCACAUAGCUACCUGCCAACAGGCAGGCUGGGGUGACCUCUGCUUCUCCACUGCUGAUUAGUAUUCACACACUGGCUUAUUAGGAAUGACCCCACCAGGCCCCUCUGUUUCCUUGCCUUUGCAGUGCUUAGCAGUUUACCUGGCAGUCACUGCUGUGGAGGAAGCUAAGAUAUAAUCAGGGGAUGCAGGCAGGCUUUGCAAAGCAGAUGGUGUCUAUAGUUCUGUGUCAAGGGACUGGACUGCUAAUGCAAAUAUUAAUUCCUCCUGGCCAAAUAAUACACAAUAUAAUAGAUAGCUAUACAUUAUGGGGGCUACAUGGUGCAAUUGUUUUAUGAUUUCCACUGUUUCAUGCACACUACUCUCCAUUCUUCUAAUAAUAAAUUUGUUUCACCUCUUCUUUUACCAAUUAAAAAUAUCACUAUUGUUUACCUAACCAGUGAUACACAUUAAGAAAUAAAAGGGCACCAAGCAAGACUUUUCUGCCUGGGAAAACGUUUGGCUAAAUUUUCAUUCGUUUGGUUAAUUUUAAUAGCUUAGGCUAUGAAAACUUAAGUUACUACUUAAUUUUCAAACAUUAUUUUGAUGUGGCUAUAUGGGUAACAUUUAUUGCAAGCCACCUUGAACCUAGUAAGAAAGAUUUUUUUUCUAUAGAAAUUAAUGUGAACCAGUUCUCUUAUGUUUGUAUUUACAGAAUAAAUGGCUUAGCCGCAGCCCCAUGUUGCAGAGAAGAGUCUACCAUUCAAUGGCAGCUGUGCAAAGGAAGCUGUAUGUUUUAGGAGGCAAUGACCUGGAUUAUAACAAUGACAGGAUUCUUGUCCGCCACAUAGAUUCCUACAAUAUAGACACUGACCAGUGGACACGCUGCAACUUCAGUCUGUUGACAGGCAAGUACUUUGUUUAUAUAUUUUAGUAGAGUAUGGCACUACAGCAAAGUUUCAAGUCAAAUUCUUCCCUCCUCCCUCAUUUUUAAAUUCAGUUAGUUUGCACUGUUUGAGCUUUGGAUUUUGCUGAUUUGCAAGGGAAGCAAAACACAAUCAGCUUCAUGCAAGUUCUGGCAUCGAAGCAAUAGACCAACAGCAGCCCAAUGCUGGAUACUCUGAUACAAGAGGCAAUAUCUGGAUUCCUUUCCCUACUUCAUAUAAUUAAAUGUGUGGAGUGCUGAAAACACUACUUCUCCUCAUCCCAGACAUGCACCACUUUUGACUUGUCAGGCCAGCCCCGUCAUGUAUGGCAACUUAUUUCGAAGCUCUUCUUUUUAUUGGGUGGGGCUGCAAAAGUUGUUGCAGGCCUGCUCUACUUCAAUCUUUCUCCUUCUAUCCUAUGACCAGUACCUGCUACUGUUGUCUUUUGCUCAUAGGUGGCUUAUUAUUGCUAAUCAACUGCAAAGACAGAAGAUGGGGAGUUGUUAAAACAAGUUCAGGGGCCUGCUCUAAAAGUGAUCAGUGCUAUCACAACCAGUAAAGACCACUUGAUUCUGACUGUGGUGUAUACCAGUGCAAGAACACAGCUUGUACAUCAGCUGUUGAUUGUGAGAUAACCCAUUCCCCUCAAAAUAGCAAUUAUUUGGGGCAUGGUGGGAAUAGAAACACUGAAGAGUGCUGUACAUGUUUUUAAACUAUACUUAAAUAGAAAUCCUUGGGCAAACGUGUGCAGUAGCAGGAGAAAUUUACAAUAAGUAGAACUUACAACUUGCAUGGGUGUGUUGUACUAUUUUAGAUUCUUCAAAAACAUUGGAAAUGUACCAAUAAGCUUGUCUGUUGACUCUGUUUUAAGAGAGAUUAUAGCAAUGUUUCCAUGUAAACAGCUGGCUAGCUGAAUCUAUGUGCAGCAUCCCAAAGUAUAGAAGUAGUGUGUAUAUGUGUGUGUGUGUGUAUAUAUAUAUAUAUAUAUAUAUAUAUAUAAACAAACACAUAUGGUUUUGUUUUUCUGCUUCAGGCCAAAAUGAAUCGGGAGUUGCUGUUCACAAUGGCAGAAUAUACUUAGUUGGUGGCUACUCAUUUUGGACAAAUGAACCCUCCGCAUGUAUCCAGGUCAGUGGUUUAGGCUCCUUCUUUCGAGUCUCCCCCAGUGGUAUUGCAAGGUUACCUUUUCCAGAAUUGUUCACACUGGGAUAUCUUUUUGGUGAAACAGACCUAUGCAAUUGAUUUAAACUUCUAAGAAAAGAGGAAAAGCAACUUGUCUAAACUGUUAGGAUCAUAAGUUGGCAACACUUACUUUUGAAAAAGCUCAUUGGGGUAAAGGUAAAAAGUGCUUGCUUGUUCAGCAGUCUUCAUAGUAGUACAGCCACAUACAUUUAUUUUCCACUGCUACCAUUUAACUCUUGCUUUUAAUAAGUGUGCUUAAGCAGAAAUAGUAGGGCACCAGCAGAGUUGACAUGUGCAUGUGUGCUGAUUCCCAAUGAAAACUUUGGUAGGAAUCCUGGUCUUUAACAUCAGUUCACAUUGUUUUAAGAGUGUAUGUUUAGGCGAUUUACAAAAAUUGCAUGCCUUUAGAGUGUGCCAAAUAUUGAUCUUUCCUUAAAACAAAUCCUCAAAGCUACGUCUCUAACAAGAAAUGUGCUUUACACUCAUCAUUUCAAAAAAGUUUUCAUUGAUUUUGAAGUAUUUAGACACAAUCUUUUCUACUACAUACAUGAAAGGAAGCCAUUCGUAAUAACUAAAAUACAUGGAAAUAAGAAAAAAAAAAAGGAUGCAAAUAUUUAAUUGCCAUUCUUAUAUGUACUGUAGUAUGCAAGUAUUGGAGGAGAUCAGCAUUUAAUAUGAAUUAGGGUGUUGUACAAGUGUUUGCUACAAUACAUGUAAGACUUAUUGCUGUUAUUGAGCCUGCCGCCUGCAUAGUUAGAUCACAGCUUUUGACUUGCUUACUGUGGUCAUUUUUCCUACUGCAAAUCAUUUUAAAUUUGAGAGCAUCGAAAAGUGAAACUCUUAGUCCUCACUUGUAGUCUGAAGCAGUACGUCACUCUGCUGAAUGUGUAGACCAGCUCUGUGCCAUAGAGCAUGGCAACCGUUCAGGCACGCUGGGGUCAACUUGUUUGCAACAGGUGCACAGUGCUCAAAUUCUGGGUAUUUUCUUUUGUUUUCAGGGAUGGCUGGCACAUAACUUUGAUUAUAUAGAAUAGGUAGAUCAGUGGAACAGCAAUACAUAAAGCUGCCUUUGGUUCAUGAUAAAUAUUUAAGCUUUUACCCACCUUGUUUUUGGCUCUUACUAGGUGCUGGAUGUUAGUAAGGAAGGAAAAGAAGAGGUUUUCUAUGGGCCCACGUUGCCUUUUCCUUCUAAUGGGAUAGCUGCCUGCUUCCUUCCGGCACCCUACUCUACAUGCCCCAACCUGCAGCCUUUGCAAGUGCCUCAUCACAAGAUAGGCACUAUGUGA